AUGAUGUCUGGAGAUGGAACGGCCGACCAACAGGUAUUUGUCGACCAGAAUGAGUUAGAAGACAAACUUUUAAAAAUACGUUCUCAGAUCAAUUCAAAAUUGGACAAUCAGAAACAUUUGGCUAUAAUUUUAUCGGCAGUUGAAGAAAAUAUUGAGGAGCAGAAUGACGCAAAAACGCCAAUAAGUUAUGUUGUUUCUUUCUUAUCCUUGCUUGAUCAGUGUAUCAAAGAUGACAAAAUUAUCGAUGGAAGCUUAGCAGCAAGUACUACUUACUUCCUUGAUCUUUUAUUCCCCUUCACCCCUAAACCUUUUCUUAAACAAAAGUUUAAGGAAAUAUUGUUGAAGAUAUCACAACUACUAAAUGUAGAAGCAGACGCUCCUUUGGCCAGAUCAGCUAUUGGGGCUAUUGAAAGCUUACUAUUAGCACAAGACAAUUUACUAUGGACGACACACCGUGCCGGUGCAAUAUCUCCAAACAGGGCAUUUUUGGCGCUCAUUGAGUUAUCAUUUGAUGCGAGGCCAAAAGUGAGAAGAAGAGCUCAAGAAGCGGUAAAACUGAUAUUAGAGAAGUCAUCAACAAACAUGAACUCUGUGCAUAUCACAGGUGCCAUUGCUUCGGAUGCUUCACUAAAGCGCCUCAAGGAUAUACUUUACCAAGGUAAAAAAAAUAAGAAAAAGAGUAACAUUGACAAAGAUACCAAGUCGCAAAUCAUCCAUUGUUUGCAACUCAUAGCGACUAUAGCUUCUACGAUUUCAUGGCCAGUGGAGAAUAUUGAAGACUUGUGUGACGCGUUGUUAGAUGUAUCUAAAACAACUGACCAAUUCUUGGUCGCAGCAGCUUUUGAAGCAUUUGAAGGUUUAUUCAAGUCAAUGACCAAUGUAGUUGAUAUUGCCAAGUACACAAAAGUGUUGGACAUAAUCUUUGACUUGAAGCCUAGUACCAAUGACAUUCAUUUGAGUACUACUUGGUUGCGAGUUGUGGCGAAAGCAUUGGAGGGGUAUAGUAUGCUAUCACCUUUAGAGUGUAUCAAGAGGUUACCACAAGUAUUGGUAGUGGUAUCUCAGCUUUUGUUGUCGGAUUCUAAGGACCUUUAUACGAACGCAUCAAACUGUUUAGUUUCCAUUAUAUCACAAACUAUUCCUGAUAAGUUUCUUUUGCAACCAAAUACUCAAUAUAGCAUUACUGAAGACAUUUAUGAAGUAGUUGAUAGCACCAUUACAUUUAUAGCUGAGAUGAUAGAGACUGAAUUAUUCUCGAUCAAGUACCAACAUGCAAUAGGUCUGGUAUUGGCGUUUGUCAAAGCAGCAAUUUUGAAAUUUCAAUCGAGAGCAAACCCUGAUUUUUUGAGUAUCAUUAAAACAAUAGGCGAUUGGAGGACAAAUGAAGCAGACCAUUUCCCUCAUAACAAAGAAGCAGAGGAGUGCAUUGGUGCCGCAAUUUCAGCCAUUGGUCCUGAAGCAGUAUUAAGCGUGCUUCCAUUGAAUUUAGGAGACAAUGGUACCAAUACCAAUACAAGUGGUGGUGGUGGUCCUGGUAGAGCCUGGCUCUUGCCCCUCCUUAGGGAUAAUGUGCGUUGUGCUCAACUAAAUUAUUACAAAAUCAAGAUUUUGCCAACAGUCGAGUUUUUUAGAGCACAAAUAGAAAAUUCUAGUCAAAGGGAGUCGAUGAACAACAAGAUAUUUCAAACCAUUAUUGAUCAAGUUUGGUCUUUGUUGCCUCGCUUUUGUGAUUUGCCGAGAGACUUGAUAUCUGCUUUUGAUGAAAAGUUUGCUACGGAAUUGGCAGACUUGAUGUUUGCCCAGGUGGACUUGAGACCGUUUAUAUGUCAUGCAUGGAAAAUGCUAGUGACAUCAAACUUGUCGUACCGUGAUGGUGUAUCAUCAUCAGUGUCAUCAUUUAAUGCUAAUGAUGAUAACAACAACAAUAGUAAUAAAAAUAGUAAUGAUAAUAAUGAUAACAAUGAUAAUAAGGAUGAUGUUUUUUUGUUGUUGCAUCAGCAGGAGUUUCCAAGAGAAGAAGCGGCAAAGAAUAUCGAAUAUUUGAAAUCAAUUGCUUCCAACAUUUUGACUGUGUUGUUUAAUGUAUUUUCUUACACCAUGCCCGAGUCAAGAGGAUUUGUUUUGGAAGCCAUAGAAGCUUAUUUACAGAUCCUUCCUGUUCCGGAGAUAGCUUCCACUUUCGAUAAAGUAUGUGGGAUGUUGAAGACGGCUUUGGACGAGGAGGAGGAGAAGAAGAAGAAAGAAUCGCUGGGUGCAUUAAAGAAAGCGGCUUCUGCUGAUUCCACUCCCGAUACUAGUGUCACUAUGAUGGACUUGAUUGUUGCCAUGGCCAAGUACUUACCUGACACUUCACAUAAUGCACUUUUCUCGAUCUUUGCCAUCACUGUUUCUUUGGAAUCUAAACCCUUGCUUCAAAAGAGGUCAUACAGAAUUAUAACGAAUCUUUGCGAAUCUGAACAGGGUAAAAAGUCAAUUACAAAGUAUAUUGGCGACAUUGAGUCAAUGUUGGUGAAAACCGCAGAUUGCACAAACCAAUCUUCAAGAUCUGCCAGGUUGAGUGUUAUUUUGUUGGUAUUAGAUAUUCUCCCAAGUACAGAUUUGUUUUUUAUACCUUCUAUUUUACAAGAGAUCAUAAUGGCAACGAAGGAUGUGAAUGAAAAAACAAGGGGAUUGUCAUAUCAAAUUUUAAUAAAAAUGGGUCACAAGAUGAGAAACGGUGGGUUGGUUGAUAAUUCUAAAGUCCCGGGUUUUGAGCCCGGUGCGGAGCCAACCCAGGCAUCAUUGACCGAGUUCUUCACUAUGGUAAGUGCUGGGUUGGCGGCACAAAAUCCACACAUGAUAUCGGCUACAAUUACAGCCAUCUCUUGCCUUGUGUUUGAAUUUCGGGGCGAUCUACCUGCAGAGACAUUAGUUGAAAUAGCAUCCACUGUUGAGUUAUUCCUCACUCAUAAUUCUAGAGAGAUUGCAAAAUCGGCAAUUGGGUUUGUGAAAGUUGAAGUGCUAUCUUUGCCUGAAGAGAUGGUUAAGCAAAAUUUGCAGGAGCUUCUCACAAAGUUGAUGAGAUGGUCACAUGAGCAUAAGGGACAUUUCAAAAGCAAGGUAAAGCACAUCAUAGAACGGUUAAUUAAAAAAUUUGGUGUUGAGGAGGUGGAGAAUGCCAUUCCUGAAGAAGAUCAAAAACUAGUUGCGAAUAUUAAAAAGGCUCGAAACAGAGCCAAGAGGAAACAGGAGUUGGAAAAAUCGACAUCAUCAUCCUCGUCAUCAAUAUUAUUAUCAUCAACGGGUGAAGGAAAUUCUAGCAAGGUUUCAAACAAGAAGAAUAAAAAAUUUGUUUCUGCCUACGAGGAAGCGUUAUACGAUUCAGAUGUAUCCGAUGACGAUGAAGUUGAUAUAUAUGAUGAAGAUGCCGAAAAAAUUAAAAAGGGCAAUAGAAAGUUUAGCCAGGUUAUAGUAGAAUCCGGUGAUGAUCCACUUGACUUGUUAGAUCGCCAAGCUUUAGCACAUAUCCACUCAUCCAAGUCUCAGAGGAUGGUCAAUUCGAAGCUGGAUAAACAAGCUUUGACUAAGAAUGGUAAAUUAUAUAUCUCAGAAAAUGGUAUCACUGAGGAAGACCCCUUGGCUAAGAAAUCAUCGGGCGUUGAUGCAUAUUUGGAUGCCGUCAAACAAGCUCCAGUCAGAGGACAAAAGAAUAAAUUGAAGUUUAAGAAAACUAAGAACGGAGAUGACGAUAUUUGGUCUGACGACGAUAAUGAUGAUGGUAAUAAUAAUGAGAGUAAAUCCAAAAGACAAGCGACAACUAAACACACAAAAGUCCUUGGAAAGUCCAAAAUCUCGAAACCAAAAAACAAACAGAAAUACAAAGCUCAAAAGAAGCUUUAG